AACUGAAGGGGGAAAACGCCGCAUUAUUGAAUGAAUGCAGACGCUCGCAAUGGCUGCGAAAGAUGCGAAAGAUUCAAACGAAGCGAGCACAAGCCACGAAACAGCACACUGCCAGAAAUCGACGGCACCUCCGACCGAUAUAUUCAGAGAUACACCGGUUCGCUUGCUAGGCUAUGCAAAUGAAGUAGGAGAAGCCUUCCGGUCCCUAGUUCACGUCAACGUCGUCCGGCUGUCCUAUGCAGUAGCAAGUGUGUACGUCGUGGCCGACACGACAGACAAGGUUCUGAAGGCAGACAAGGUCAAGUGCCCUAACGCUGAAGCCCAUCGGAACAAGCUGCUGAACACGGCCGUUGACACACUGGUGUGGCAAGCGUUGGCCUCGGUCAUCGUACCUGGCUUCACAAUCAACAGGGUGUGCGCAUUGUCUCUCUUCCUGCUCAAGCGUUACUCGAACCUGCCGCUCAAUGCCUGCAAGUGGACUACGACCGGUGUGGGUUUGGGCUGCAUCCCGUUCAUCGUGUCGCCCAUAGACCACGGUGUUCACAGGCUCAUGGACAAGACGCUUCGUUCGUGGCUGCAUGCAAAGGAGUCUUCCGAAUGACCAUUCACUCUCCUAGUGUCAAGCAAUAACUU